UUUGAUUUUUGAAAGAUUUUCAAAAUUUGGAUUGAGCUAAAGAUAUUUACAAAUGGAAAAAUCUGGAAGAGUGAAAAAGAAUACCAUUGAUAAACCUUCUGAACGGACAGCUUUGAAUGCUCCAGAUGAACCUAAUCUGACGCCUACUUCAGAAGUUGUGGAAACAGAUGCUUUGCUUAGUCUUGUUGAAGAUAAGAUAAAAGCAACAGAAAUUAAAGCUAAAGUGAGAAAAAGAAGUAGGUAUGAUAUUUUCAAAUCAAAGAAUAGGAAUUCUGAUGUUUCUUCUAAAAAGGCCUCGCCGUAUACUAAUGUUCAAGUUGACGACUUAAUCACACUUUUUAAAAGUGUUGAAAAUGCUGAAAUUAAUUGUAAAAUUCAGAAAGUAAUGAAGCCUUCAAAAUCGUCACCAGAGGAUCAAGCUACGACAUCAAAUGCUGAAGAGAAUUCUAUAGCUGAAGAUGCUGUUGAAAACGAGAUUCUUCUAGAUAUGGUUAUCAGAAUUCCAUCAAGUUUGACAACGAAUGAAACAAAAGAAUUAAAUAAAGUAAAAGAGGAAAAACAGUGUGAAGACACUAAAAUUUCAAAGGAAGUUGCAUCCAAGAUGGAAAUCUCAUUUUCUAAAUUGAAACCUGAAAACAAUGUAAAUGUUCGAUGUCAAGGAAUUUUUGAUUUGGCAUUCCUGUAUUACUCUGAAGAAUCUGGAAAAAUCCAACCAUCAGAGUGCUUCAGGGCAGUUCAGCUUUUGUCUGACAGCCACAAAAAUAAUUCACUUGCAUUUUGCUACUCAAUGCUAUUAUGUGUACUGACUACGCAGCCUAUGACUUGGUAUGAAAUGCAAUUUCUAGAAGAUUCUAUAUUGAAUUUUAUACAUUUAAUGCCAAAAAGUCCAGAAAAUUCUCUUGCUGAUUUUAAUGCUUCUCAUCUGUGUGACAAGGGACAAAAAGCAACUCAAAGAUUAUGCAAAAACAUGUUUCAAGAACAUAAUAUCAACUCCCUUCAUUUUGAUAUCACAGCCAUUCUCUGUUCAUCUUUGUUCAAUCUGUCAACUUUUGUAAAACAAUAUUGUGGCAAUAUUGAAGAAGAAUAUAGCUACAAAGAGAAAACUCUUAAGUAUAUUUUCGAAAAAACUUGUGGUGCAUCUCAAAAACUUUCGCCUACAAAAGGUACUAAGAACGAUGAUAAACUAAAAAACGAUUUUGUGAUAUCUUAUACUAUUGAACAUUGUCUUCAUAUUAUAGAGCAUGCUUUAGCAAUUAAUCCUGUGAAGCAUUCUUCUUAUUUACACCAUGAAACACUUUCUUUACAUCAUUGUCUUACGAAGUUACUUGGAUGGUGUAUCAGUAUUGUGUUUUCUGAUGAGAAAAUGGCAGUAGCUGAUCAAGAGUCUUCACAGAAGUCUGGUUUUGACUAUCAUCAUUCAACAUUAGUAUCUAUUUUAAAGAUAUUUUCAAUUCUUACUUUCAAUCCAAAUGAAUAUAACACUUUCAAUAAUAUCAAAGGAUUAAUGGAAAAAAUCAUGAUUUGUAUUUUAAAAGCAUACUUUAGGUCUGCUGAAAAUCUUUUUGAUGUAUUGAUUUUGUGUUUGGAAUUAAUGGUUAACCUCUUUAUCAAAAAUCAGAAGACUUUUAUUUUGCUGUGCCUUAAAAAGUUCAAAAUUGGAAACUCUGAAGAAGUCCUUGCCAUCGAAGCCUUAAUAAAGAUGUUAUCUGAAACUUUACAAAAGAUAAAAGAAGUAAAAGCAGUUGAAAUUCCAAGCCAGCAACCUGUGGAUGCUUCAAACAAUCAAGAAAAUUCAAAGGAGGUUGAAAAGAAUUCUGAAUUACAAAUGGUCUUACAAGCUGCUAGUAAAGACAUGGAGUUGAGCACCAUUGCUGCUUUUACUUGCAUCCUCAUCACAUUUUUCAUGAAAACAAAAGAAGACUUUAAAGAUUAUGUACGUCAAAGGUUGCCAGUUGAAGUAACUCAGGAUGCUGUUGAUGUUUCCAAGAAAUUUAUGGAGUUUGCUACAUUAACGGGUGGUAUGCCAGAAACAGGUCUUCUACUCUUGAAAUAUGCAAUUAGCAAGUUGGAGAAACUGUAUGAAACUGAAAAAUCAUAACCAUGAGAUGUGAAAUUCAUAUGUUGAUUGAAUGCAUGAUCACCGUCUUAAUUUGCAAGUUGACUUAAUGCAUGUUCAUAUUCUAGCAUUGUAACAAAUUUUAGUCAUGACUAUAAUGUUCAUAUCAAACACAUUUUUCAUUGAUUUGUAUUUAAAACAUUUGAAAUACUCAUUCUUAUUCAUAUUUCUUUGUAAAUUGCAAUCUUGUAUUUUUGAAAUUGUAUUAAUGGUCACUUAAUUUUCUAAUCGUUUCUUUGACUUGUUUAAUUUAUUAACUUGAUAAAUUAUU